AUGUGGACAAAUCUUACUAAAGAUCAACCAUGCGUCACUAAAAUAUCUGAAUGUUCCUCACAUGAAUGUCAAAAAGAGAUACGUAAUAUAUCAGUACUUGGUGUUAAUCAUCAAAUAAUUCAUAAAAAGGGAUUUAUGUGCUUGGAAGAAGCCCUUCAUCACAAUUUUCAAAUAAAGAAUGUUAAAUGUCAACGAUCUGAAUGUCCUGGACGCCGCACUGAAUAUGCUAAAUUUAAUUUACAUCUAUAUAUCGAACUUGAUAUUCGGGUAUCUUUAGAUGCUAACACAGGCAUUAGUUGUCAAUUAAAAGAUUUUCCUAUAACAAUAAAUAUUUUAAAACAGGAAUAUAGAUUGGCUGGGGUAAUCGCAUAUACUAGUCAACAUUACAUAGCGUAUACCAGAAGAAUAUACGGCACAUGGAGAAUAUAUAAUGAUUUAAUGAAGUCCAAGCAAUACUGUAAUGAAGAAAAAAAGAUAGAACCACAUGCAGCAAUAUAUAUAAUAAUUAUAGUUCUGACUACCAAUACUCGGGAAUGGACUACGAAACAUCAGUAA